CCGCGGCCGCGCGGGGGCUACGGAGCCCGGAACCAGUCCUGCAAGAUGCGCUUCGGGUCCCCGCGGCUGGAAGAAUGAGCUUGUCCUUCCUCCUCCUCCUCUUCUUCAGCCACCUGAUCCUCAGCGCCCGGGCUCGCGAGGAGAAGCGCGCGGACCCCAGAGGGCGACCGGCGGGACCCGCUGCUGCGACCGGCAGGAACCGGGGAGGGGACAGCGACAGUCACAGCGGCGGCAGCGGUGGCGCGAGGUCGUCCUCUUCCAGCCCUGCCUCGGCGUCCCCCGCGGGCGGCCCGGGAGGCGGCUCGGAGCAGGGCCGGUUCUCGGAGCGGAGCCCCUCGGGGCGCAGGACCGGCAGUCUCUACUGCAGGGUGGGCAUCGGCUUCCACCUGCAGAUCUACCCGGAUGGCAAAGUCAACGGCUCCCACGAAGCCAACGUCCUGAGUGUUUUGGAGAUAUUUGCUGUAUCUCAGGGGACCGUAGGAAUACGAGGAGUUUUCAGCAACAAAUUUUUAGCGAUGUCAAAAAAAGGAAAACUCCAUGCAAGUGCCAAGUUCACCGACGACUGCAAGUUCAGGGAGCGGUUUCAGGAGAACAGCUACAACACGUACGCCUCGGCCAUCCACAGGAGCGAGGAGACGGGGCGGGAGUGGUACGUGGCCUUGAACAAAAGGGGGAAAGCAAAGAGGGGGUGCAGCCCCCGGGUGAAACCCCAGCACGUGUCUACCCACUUCCUCCCAAGAUUCAAGCGGUCGGAGCAGCCGGAACUCUCCUUCACGGUGACCGUCCCCGAGAAGAAGAUGCCACCUAACCCCAUCAAGCCAAAGGCCCCCCUGUCUGUGCCUCGGAAAAACCCCAACACGGUGAAAUACAGGCUCAAGUUUCGCUUUGGGUGAGAAUGCGCCGAUCUUGGCCUUGCAGGAAAGCCGCUGGCUCUUGCCCCUCAGGAGAAGUUUCGAACUGGCGUCCGGAGGCGAAAUUUCCAGAAGGCACAGCUUGAGCUACAUCCUUACACUGUUUCGAAGUCAGGUCAUUUGUUUCAGUUUGGCUGAAACAAACAAACAAACAAAAAAAAUGUUUUUUUGAUUGCAACCGAACUGGAAUUCUUUGUAUCCGUGGCAGGGAGUAAGUACAUUGCUUCACUUCGGGCAGACUUCAAUUUUUAAAGCCUUUUUUGCAUUUUAUGCUUUUGCCGAAGGGGAUUGUUUGGAACUCUCUUCGUUUUUUUUUUUUCAGGAAGCGAAUUAACCCGGACCAUGUAUUAUUAUUUUUCUGGCUUUUUACAGAUCAACCUGAAAGAACAUUCACGAGACUUUUUUUAUUUUUUAUUUUUUUAUUUUUUU